AAUUGGAAAUGGAGGAUAUACAAAUUACUCAGCUGGAAAGUGCAGCCAUCUUCAAGAAAACUAAUUUUCCUGUCACUCUCAAGUUUGAAAAUGUUGUGUACAAGAUUAAGCCCAAGUCUGAAGGGAUGUUUAACAAUUCCUCUAAAUCACAAGAAGAGAAAAUAAUCUUAAGAGGUAUAACCGGUAUAGUCUUCCCCGGUGAAAUGCUGGCCAUGUUAGGCCCCUCGGGCAGUGGUAAAACAACGUUGUUAACGGGGUUAGGAGGUCGUCUAAGUGGUCGUCUUGAAGGUACUAUAACUUAUAAUGGAAUGCCCUUCAAAAAUGCUAUGAAGCGUUACACCGGAUUUGUUACUCAAGACGAUGUUCUUUACCCUCAUCUAACUGUCACAGAAACACUAGUAUACACUGCCUUGCUUCGGUUGCCUAAAACCUUAUCACACAUGGAAAAAGUCGCGCAUGCUGAGGCUGUAAUUUCUCAAUUGGGAUUGACGAAAUGCAAGGAUAGUAUUAUUGGAGGUCCGUUAUUGAGAGGAAUUUCUGGAGGGGAAAGGAAAAGAGUUAGCAUUGGACAAGAAAUGCUUAUUAAUCCGAGCUUGUUGUUUUUGGAUGAACCAACAUCGGGCCUUGAUUCAACAACGGCUCAAAAGAUUGUGUCGACUCUAUGGGAGUUAGUGAAUGGUGGGAGAACGAUUGCGAUGACAAUACAUCAGCCUUCAAGUAGACUGUUUUACAUGUUCCACAAAGUUUUGUUAUUGUCUGAAGGAAAUCCCCUGUACUUUGGCAGAGGUGAAGAUGUUAUGGCAUAUUUUUCGAGCAUUGGAUUUUCACCCUCCGUUGCUAUGAAUCCCUCCGACUUCUUGUUAGAUCUUGCAAAUGGUGUUAUAGAUGAUCCACAAGAAGAUCAAGCAUCAAUCAAGCAGACUCUAGUAACUGCGUUCAAAACCAAUCUGUUGGAUGGAGUGAAGGAAGAACUGCAAAAAUAUGAUGAUAGCGCAGAUCAUGAAAAGUUACAAAAAGGGAAACUCGAUCGAUGGUCAAACACAUGGUGGAACGAAUCUGUUGUGUUGUUUAGAAGAGGAAUGAAAGAACGAAAACACGAUUCCUUCUCAUUCCUCAAGGUUGGACAGGUCCUUAUUGUAUCUAUAUUGUGUGCAAUGUUAUGGUGGAGAUCGUGUGACAUACAGGAUCAGACUGGGCUCAUGUUCUUUAUCACUUCAUUUUGGGGCUUCUAUCCUCUUUUCCAAGCUAUUUUCACGUUCCCACCAGAACGAAUGAUGUUGGAGAAGGAACGAUCCUCAGGUAUGUAUCGACUCUCUUCAUACUUCAUGUCAAGAAUUGUUGGUGACCUUCCAAUGGAGCUAGUACUUCCAACUGUUUUCGUCAUCAUAACUUACUGGACAACGGGCCUAAAACAAUCCCCAGUGAAUUUUUUCUCUACCUUGUUCACCGUCCUAUACGGUGUAUUAGUAGCACAAGGCCUUGGACUUGCAAUUGGCGCGAUGAUCAUGGAUCUCAAAUCAGCUACUGUACUCGCCUCAGUAAUCAUGCUAUCGUUCACUCUAGUCAGUGGAUUUUUCGUUCAGCAUGUUCCUAGCUUCAUUAGCUGGUUAAAAUACAUAUCGCUUAGCCAGUAUACGUUCAAGCUCUUGAUAGGGUCACAGUAUGAGGCAGAUGAAAUGUAUCAUUGUGGCAUAGUGGAUGCAACUUGUUACGUGCAUGACUUCCCCGCGAUAAAGUCUGUAGGGCUUGGAGGUAAAGCGAUAUCAGUCGUUGCAUUGACUAUAAUGCUUGUGGGAUAUAGGUUGUUGGCAUAUUUGGUACUUACAAGGAUUGGUGUGACAAAGAAAUAGAUGUUAGUGAUCGUC